GUUCAUUAAAGUUUUUUUUUUUUAAGUUUGUUAAAGUUUGUUCCCUACUGUGGAAAGAUGGGUCUAAACAUUAUGCUGAUAGUCUUCGCUUUUUAUGAGAACUAUAUGAUACAGUGCAGAGCUUGCAGUGUAUUGCCUGGUGGAAUUCCACCCUGUUUCCCAGAUACAAAACUAUCAGAAAAAUACAAAGAGAUAACCUACGAAUUACCUGACGAUAAGGAAUUCACAUACGAUCUUGUAUCUACCAAUGGGUUGGUGAGGCUCGGCAAGCCGUGGGAGGUGAAUACUGGUAAUAGUUCUGACACUGUCACAUGUGAACGUGAUACCUCAGAUGGAUCGUAUUUGGAAGAAUUCCAGACCAAACUGAAAUGGCAUGGUAUUUAUGAUGAUGAUUACAAAGAAGUGGAUGUCAACUACUAUUUUGUGAUAACCAAGAGAAAAGUGUGGAAUUGCAGUGGCGAAGAGAGCACACAGACGCCGUCUCUCCAUUUCCUGAGGAUUGUAACGGAGUUAGUGGCAACUGCAAGCCUGAAGAAGCUCUCUUUCCGAGAUGGUAUUCAAGUCACUUUUGUUCCUCAUCAAAAAAUGCCCAAACAAGAACCGGAAGGACAAUUUAUUCCAAUAGUCAGAGAAGUGAAAUACCUGCAUCCACAAGACUACAAAGUACUCAAAUAUGAGGGAUACCUAAAGCUGAAUCAGCCUAAGAAAGAAGAUGAAGAAAAAUGCAGCAUUUUCAAAGAAAUUAACAAAGAGAACGAUGCAGUAUUCAGAGAAAUAAAAUUGUCAUCUGAUGCCUAUUUAGAGUUGAUUGACAGAGCGCUGCCUACAAAUUCAGAUGAGUUAGCAACUUGCAAGUUGAAUGCAAACGACCCAAACCUAUAUUCAGCGGCUUAUCUAACUCCGUGGCUGGUGAAAAAUGAUGUAAAAGCUUCCCCAACGGAGCCGGUGGAUGAAUUGAAUGAGAUACGUUGCCGAAAUAACUUCAUCAUUACAAAACAUGAGCUGUGGAAUUGCGAAACGAGAGGAAGCAAGAAGAAACUCGUAAGAUCGAUUCUGGAGUACAUAGGUAGAGAACCUGUCAAGACUCUCCGGUACACCAAUCACCUCAAUUUAUGGACAUUUGUUUUGAAUUUGGAGAAACAAUUACAAAGUAUAGCUGUAAGAGAUGUGUCCUACUUUAAUGAGAAGCUUGAGCGAGUAUCCUACUAUGGUCAAAUCCAAGAGGAUAAGGCUAAGUAUAAGGAUGUUAAGGAUAAAGGUCCGCUAUCGAAGAUGUUACCGUCAUCCAGUAAGGAGAAAAGCAACAAGCUGCCCCAGAGAAGCAUUGUAAAUAUCUAAUCUGGAACCAUUAAACUUGGCAUUGGAGUAAAUUAACUUUGGAAUACUCUAAUACGGUGUUCUAGAUUAUAAUCACUCACUUAUCAAGACAUUGUUAUUUGUAUAUUGUAAAAUUACUCAUAUUCAUUCGAAAAAUAUUUUAAUUCAUUAUGAUGUAGCAAGUGAAACUGUUACCCAAUUAUGUAAUGAAUAAAUGGUUCAGAUAAUCUA